UCUGCUGCUCUGUAGUCCCUUGAAGCUCACUACUCUACCAUAACAUGUGUAUACUAUUUAUUAACUGUUUGAUGUAUAUGCAUUAUAUAUUAUAGCCAACAUUGCAGCAGUUGCAUACCACUCUGAAUCUCAUGGCUGUAAGUUAUUGUGCGGAAAAUUGGGAGAGCAGCUGUUUAGUGGUUAUGGUAAUCUAUACUGAUAAAGUUGUACGGACAAUCUUGCUGCUAAUCUUUCUUCAUAAGUCCAGCACUCGAUUUUUGUUGAAGAAAAUCAAACGUGCGGUUUGGAAAGGAAGUUUGAAGGAGCAUUUAAGUCAAUAUUUCUAAUAAGGUUAACUUCUGCGGGUCGUACUGAAGUGGUUGAGUAGACUCCUGGAGGGUACACGUCAUAGUCUGUCACGUCUGCAAAGCGCCAUGUCUGCCAUCAUUGUCAACCCACAUUGUGUGUGGUAUCAGCAAGCUUUUGCACGCACCCUCAUCGUCUUUUAUCAAUCUAUUCAACGUCCGUUGGUCUGACGAAUAUCUUUAUUGAUGUACCAUGCUGUAUCACUAAUGUCGACGAGCCUACGUUCUCUGCUGAACCAUGGUCAAAGAGAAACCCAACUCGAUACGCAUCUAUGAUUCCGAGGGCUACCGACGUAGGGCUGCUUGUAUCUGCGUGAAAAAUGAUCUCGAAGAAGAGGUGCUGUUGGUCACGUCGAGCCGUAAACCUGACAGUUGGAUCGUUCCAGGUGGUGGUGUCGAGCCUGAAGAAGAGCCUGCUGUCACAGCUCUUAGAGAAGUUCGUGAGGAGGCUGGUGUACUAGGCCAGUUGGGCAGGUGCCUUGGUAUUUUUGAGAGCCAUGAACACAAACACCGGACUCAUGUGUGGGUAAUGCGGGUCACGGAAGAGUUACAAGAAUGGGAAGACUCUCGCUCAAUUGGUCGUAAGCGCAAGUGGUUCUCUAUAUCUGAAGCCCUAUUACAACUUGCACUGCAUAAGCCUGUUCAGCGCUCUUACAUUCAAACCCUUCAUAACACAAAUCCUCGUCAGAACAAUGCAGUUGGCCCGCCUUCCUUAUCUUCAUACUCACAUACUCAAAUGGCACCACUCCAGUUGGUCAACAACUCAUCAGUUAACCCUCGAAGCUAACAAAACGCUGUACGAAUUUCUGCAAACUUUAAGUCAGUGAAGACUGAUGGUGAACUAUUCUAGCCCUGUGGAAGCGUAUCUUGUAUACAAGAUCAGCAGUCACUAUGUCAUUCUCUAAUUUACUCUGGCUUGAAGGUCUGCAGUUAUUACUAUUAAUGUUGUAUUUUAUACACAAACAACUUUAUUAAUAAUUAUGCUAAUUAUUAGUGAUCACAAUUAAUGAUCCCAUACUUAUAAUACUAUCGUGACCAUGAUUAUUAUUAAUAACAUAAAUUUCUAAUAAAUUGGUCUACA